UAAAGAUGGCACCGAGUAUGUCGUAGUUAGGAGUCUUUAUGUCAUAAAAUAUACGUAAAAUAUAUUUAAUUUAUUGUUUUGAACCUACUUAAUACUUCGGUACCUUAAAUAUGAAUUUGGGUAUGUCAAAUACACAUGGCAACGGUCUUUUGUAUGCUGGCUUCAAUCAAGACCAAGGUUGUUUUGCCUGCGGAAUGGAAAAUGGUUUUCGGGUCUACAAUUGCGAUCCUUUGAAGGAGAAAGAACGACAAGAUUUUGCAGAAGGAGGUUUGAGCUAUGUUGAAAUGCUCUUUCGAUGCAAUUAUCUGGCCCUUGUUGGCGGGGGACCAAAACCAAUGUAUCCACCGAAUAGAGUUAUGGUAUGGGAUGACUUGAAGAAGACACCGGUGAUCGCAUUGGAAUUCAAUGCCCCUGUUCGAGGUGUACGGUUAAGACGUGAUAGGAUAGUGGUUGUGUUAGAGGGUGUUAUUAAAGUAUACACGUUCACCCAAGCACCUCAGCAGCUUCAUGUGUUUGAAACAAACCCCAAUCCUAAAGGUUUGUGUGUACUAUGUCCAAAUAGCAACAAUUCUUUACUGGCAUUCCCUGGACGGAAGACAGGACACGUUCAAGUUGUUGACCUAGCGAACACGGAGAGGGCACCUCUUGACAUAGUGGCACAUGAAGCAGCACUUAGCUGCAUAGCACUCAAUUUACAAGGAACACGCCUUGCCACUGCAUCAGAGAAGGGAACUUUAAUUCGUGUAUUCGACACAUCCUCAGGUUCUAUGAUCAAUGAAUUACGGAGAGGAGCCAACACUGCGAACAUUUACUGUAUAAAUUUCAAUAAUGAUUCAUCGUGGCUCUGCGUCUCCAGUGAUCAUGGCACUGUGCAUGUGUUUGCCGUUGAGGACCAGAAACUGAAUAGACAAUCCAGCCUUGCAUCUGCUACUUUCCUACCAAAAUAUUUCAGUUCAAGUUGGAGCUUUUGCAAGUUCCAGGUUCCAGGAGGGCCACAGUGUAUGUGUGCCUUCGGAGCCGAUAACAACUCCGUAAUAGUGAUAUGUGCAGAUGGCAGUUACUACAAGUUCAUGUUUAACAACAAGGGAGAAGGCUCACGUGACGUGUAUGCUCAGUUUCUGGAGAUGACAGAUGACAAGAUGUAGCACACGAGAGUGUUCAGGCGGACAGGCAACAUGAUGGAACAGAACAGGAUGUUCCCUUCCCUUCUGCCCACCUAUCCUGGUUGUCCUCUGCGUGUUGCCAUGAGGGAGAAGUGCAGGUAUUGGUAGCGUUGGCGAGUCUUCGGCCGCUCGUCUGGUAUAGACCUGAGGUAUGCCAGCGCACUAUGGAAAUUUCUCUUUGCGUUCAGUGUUAUAGUUGGCAAGACGUUGCUUUUAUAAUUGAAACACGUUAAAUGUGUGUAUAUAGUGAUAUUACUCAAUAUGAACGGCAGAUAUUCCAAAUUAAAAAUUUAAUCUGCUGUGAAUCAGUAGAUAGUUUUAUCAUGUUUGGUAGAGUUGUGAUACUGUGAUUAAAACAUGUAGGUGUUAAUUUUAUUUUAACAGGUUAAUUUUCAUCUUGUUCUUUAUUGUACUGAAGAAGAGUAAAUUAUUCUAAUUAAUUUUUCUAUACAAGGUAAAUCUCCCAUGACACAUCUGCUAUAGAAAAUUGGGCACUUAAAUUCAGACCUAGAUUUAUGGUUAGUGUUUAGUGAUGUUUAAGGGUGUAAUUUCUUCAUUUAUGUGAAUUAAAUAUAUGUAGCUUUCAAGUUGAACAUGCAUCACAUUUAAACAUUUGGUGAGGUUUGUGGUUAAAUCAUAUAUAAAGAUCAGAUUUUAAUAUAUAUUGAAAUUAUAAUUAUUUAAUAAAAUACAUACCAUUAAGUCAUAAUAUGCAACUUUAUAUAUGUAGGUAUAUAAGGAUGUAAAAUUGAAAGGCAAUGGAAUUUCGUUGAGUACAAUGUUAGAAUUUAUGCACAUACGCUAUAAAAUCACUUUUUUUUUUUUCAAAUUUAGUCUACUUUUUAGAUAUAUACUGUUUCUUAAGUUUGAUGGUGGACCAAUUAUUAUUGAAAGUUAUACAUUUAAUAGCUUAGAAUGGCUUAACUUUACGUGACUUGUUUGUAUAUUUCGUAUUAAAAUGUGGUGACCUGAUUUUGGACACAGAACUCCCAGGUGCAUGUAAUUUGUUCUUGGGUUAGUAAUGAUAAAAGACUGAAAAAUGUGAGGAUCAUUGUGAAUAGUGAAAUAAGAUUCAAGUGGAAUAAGUUGUGCAUCCAUAGCAAGUGUAUCUUGAUUCUGGUAUAUUGUUAGAAACCUAAACAGAUGCGAACAUAAGUUAGUUUUAUAUUUAUAUCUGAUGGUGUUUAAGUAAUGAAGUCCUAUUGUGGAAUAUUUUAAGGCACCAUUUGACAGUGAGCACUGAAGAAGAACAUGUCACACACAUCCUGACUUAGAAUAUCAGUGUUACUUACUUUGAUACGUCUGCUGUUAAUUAUGUACAGUUAAUUCCAGAUACUUAAUAAUAUUUGUGUUUUUAAUAUUAUUAAAAUGGUAGGUCAUUUAUGAUACAGUAAAAUUAAUUUUAGAUAUUGCCAACUAAACAUGUGAGCAGAGCAUGUUUUGGAGGUUCUCAGUUCAGAUCCCAGGUGGGGACCACAUUUCCUGACAGGUUUUUUUAUGUGGUUAUCUUCGGUUUAUCCUAGCGAAUGCUAGGAUGGUUUGUUAGAUUUGUCUACGACUGCUUUCACCCACAUUCUUACUGAUUCAUCUUUCAUAAUUUCUUUUACCAUAUUUAAUUUGACUCUACGUAAACACAGCAGUUCAUGCUGUAUUAUAAAAUAGCCAAAUAAACAAAUAGCAAUAUUACUUUCAAAAUUGUAGUUGUUUUAUAAUUUAACAUUAAUAAUAUGAGACAACAGUUUUGGAUUCCAUACCCUCAGUACUCUGUAUCAGUGUUUCUCAACUUAGACUGUUCUGCAAACCAGUAAAAUAUCUAAAUUCUCAUCUGUGGGCUGUCAAAAGUAUUUAGGUAUACGUAUAUAUUAAAUUCUUAAAUAAACUGAAUAGAAGUUUUAUUAACAUCUUUUUUAGUUUGUUUCGUUUAUCACCAAAUCAAAACAAAUCUACAUUAAGAAAUUGCGUUUAAAGGCAUAUAAAUAUUAAGCCAAAAGUGUAUAAUAAAAGCAAAUGUAUAAAUUGAAGAUAAUCAGCAUAAUUGUUGUUCUUUCUCAGUCAUUAGUUUUUUAUCUUAUUUGUUGUUAUUUUUCUUUUAAUCCUUGGAAUCACAUUUUCCUGACAAUUUUAAGAAACAAAAGACAUUUGGAGGAAAAAGGUUUUCAGACUAGUUGUUGAGAAAUACUGCUGUUUUAUCAUAUAAAAUGGACAGAUGCUGGAAGAAGGAUAUUUAUUAUAUUCUCUUCUUCAGAAUUAUUUAACUCUUUACCCUUUCCGUCUAAUGUUAGCACAUGGUGUUUUAUAUUAUAUUGUCUUCCUAUUUUAAAUUACAUUUCAUAGUUUUAGUAGGAAGAAGCAGGAUCCUUUCAAAUUUACAGCAUUAGGAGGAGCAAACCCAAACUCCGUACUGAUAACAACGUGUUCCUUAUUCAGUGGUGUUAAAAUCUUUCAAGGAAUGUGUUUUCCAUGUGUACUGUAAUCUCAUACUUUAUGGAGCAAGCUUUCUGGUAGUUAGAGUAAUUGUUUGAAUGUAAUGUUAUAUGGGCCGCCAACAAUUUAUAAUGUGCUUACAUCAGAGAGUACACCGUCUUCCAGCUUUUCACCAGAACAUAACAACAAUUUUAGUGACUUGCUUCAAUUGUCAUAUGGCUGUUAGAAGAACGAAGCGUAAAUGACAACAAAUCUCAGGUUGGAUUACAAAGAAACACAGGUAACGGCCAUAAUCGAUUAUCAUGGUCAUAAUUUUACAACACCAUUACAUCAAGUCUUCAACGAGUUGAGAGAAAAUUUGACUUGAAGAUUUACUUCACAUUACAAAUCUAUUUUUCAGGAUGCUGUUUUCAGAUGAUGGCAGUCUUUACAUAUUGGCUGUGUUCUUGAUAUUCUGGAGAUUUUAUUGUUUCAUAUAUAAGGCCUUGAACUGAAUUUUGCAUUUGAGUAAUGCUUCAUAUUAGGGAGUUGCUGGGUUUAAAUCUCAGCCCAGAGACUAGCUUUUGUGACAGGUUUUUCAUUGUUUUCCUCAGUCUCUCCAUGCAGAUGCCAGAGUAGCACCUUAAAUUAAGUCACAACCACUUCCAACCACAUCCUUUCCAUGUCAAACCUCAUUAAGUAUCUUCUUUUCUGAUACUGCAUAGUCUGAACUACUGACAGCAUUGUUAAAUAAACCUCAAACAACUUAAUAAAUAUUUAAGGCUGUAAAUAUGGAAUCAGUGAAGAUCUCCAAAAUGCUGGCAAUUGAGCCCACAUCUGUAUUAUGCUAUAGUCCAACAAAAGUAGAUUCCACAUUAGCAUCAGACGUCUGUGAAGGCUUUAAUCAUCUUUAGUGUUGAUCUCUCUUGUAUUCUCAUUUUAGAGUUUUAUUUCACAAACUCCUUGCUUUGUAUUUUUAUAUAGGCUUCUGUCAGGAAUUGUGUGUUUAAGAACUCGAGGCUGCCUCAAAGAAGGGGAAGUGCAUUUUCAGCCUUGACACACGUAAAUUGUUGUAAAGAUAUGGCAGAGAAACCUGACAGUUUUGAAAUAAAAAUGUCUCAAACAAAAAUUAUUUUUUACCUAAUGUUUGUAACAAAAUGAGCUACUUUACCAAUAGCUUCUUGAGUUCUGGUUCAACUUUUGCUGUAGAUUCCCAGCUCUAACAACAUUUGAUAUGUAAUCAAAGAGACAUGCUUAUACGAUUCAAGCAAAUAAUUUAUAAUAAUGAAACGUAAACGCUCGGCUACAGGUAACUGUAAUAUUGACAGGCAGGCUGCGUGGAGCUCCAAAUAGUGCCCAACCUCCUUCUUUCGCUUGGCACCGAACCUGACCGUUACAUGCUGUAUGUCUGCUGGAUGUCUCAUGUGUUUCUCAUCACAUGCAGGACACUUGGUUGAAGCCUCUGUCACAAUCUUCCUUCUCUAAGCACAUGUGAGGCAGCUUAUUGAAAUUAGUUGAGAGAACUCACGCGAGGACUGUUAUGCUAGAAAAACAAUAGAGCCUCCUCUGCAUUUGUGUCAAUGUUGGCUUUUUCAAAGCAAACAUAAUAUGAAGUAAUGAUUAUAUGAGACCAGUAUAAAUCAGAAUUAAGUUUUUGUUAAUUUUGUACAAAGAGUGCAUACGAGUCUUGUAAUGAAAAGUGUAACAAAGUAUAUACAAAUUAAAAUCAUUAUUUACCCUUCCUUAAUUACAAAAGCUGUGAAAAGUUAAUGUCUAAACAUGUUUUCCUCUAUUGUGUAGAAGUGAGGCCAUGGAUGAGUGAACUGUCUUUUAUUUCAGUGCAUUAUUUCCACAAAGCAGCAUAUAAAACAUAUAACAAAAUAAAAAAUAAUAUGAUUA